AUGGAAAAUAACACGACGUCCGGCGUAAAUAACAGCUCCACUACAAACAGCUCCACUACAAACUCCGAUGAGCAGCAAAGCCAACAAAGCGAUCCACACAUGCGAUUUAUCAUACUUAUCAUUUGCUGGAUUUUUAUUAUCGUUGGAGUCAUUGGGAAUUCUCUGGUAAUCGGAGUAGUGAAGCUUAUUCGCAGCAUGCACACCACAACCAACUAUCUCCUACUCAACGUUGCGUCUGCAGAUAUCACCACGCUGUUGUCUACAGCAAUCCAGCUGAUCACAUCCAUGCACUUGUCGAGAUUCAGCAGCUUUCUUUGUAAGUUCGUCUCCAAUGGAAACGUUUCUAUAGUAACCCUUAUAGUGUCGUCAUACACUUUCACCCUUCUGGCGAUCGAGAGGUACUACGCUCUAGUAAAACCGAUGACAGCAUCACGCAGGCUCAGAAAUGACAAUGUUGCUUACGUCAUACUUGGAAUCUGGCUUGUAGCCGUUGGAUUAGUGACGCCAUUGUUUGUGGUAGUAGAUGCUAAUUCUCAUGGCGGUUGUGACCUUGGCGCCUCGGACAACAAGAUGUUGAUCUACGUUUACUGUCUGUUUACAAUUUCCAUUAUCAUCCCCUUCAUAAUAAUUGCAACUUGUUACCUUCGUGUCAUCUAUGGCAUGCACUUCAAAAAAACCAUAUGCAGUAAUCAAAGCGAAAGAGUCGAUACGCGACAGGAAAUAACUGAAAAACACAGACUGGUGAAAGUUCUCAUAUUGUUGACUGCGGUGUUCUUCACUGCGUUUAUCCCGUAUAGUUUUCUGUUGAUCAUGGAUUUUAGCAACAUUUACUCUUCAGAUGUAAUAAAUCUCCAGUACAGCGCACAGUUUCUCACGCUCUUGAAUUGCUCUGUGAAUCCUUUCAUUUACGCAUUCCAAAGCUCUAACUACAGACGGGGCUACGCGCUUGUUUUCAAAAAACUGUUUUGCCGCGACAAGUCUGUGAAUGCCAUUGAAUUACGCCAGGUGUGUACUAACAGUUCUCUGCGCAUCGCG